AUGUUAAACAAUUUUUCUUGCCCAUUUCAACAGUAUUCUCAGAUCACAAUACCCAAUAAAUAUCCAGUUAACAAACCGAUUACGAUUGAGCCUUCUGCUGAAAUCAAUCAAGAAUUUUUAGAGGAUUUAGAAAAACAGUCGACAAAAUACUUUAGCCAUCACUUAAAUGCAAAUAAAUAUCGAACUCGAAUUCCAGAAGAAAGAACAACAUCAUUUGACUCUGUUGUCAAUACUAGAUAUAAAGAUGUUAGAACAGCUGUAAAUCAGUCAUUAUUCUUUACGCGUGCUCAACCAAUAGCACAACAAUCAUUAAGACUCUCCGCCAUUUGUCUUCAAAACAGAAAAUACGAUGAAGUUAUUACUAUAAUUGAAAGAUUGAUCGCAUUACAAAAUUAUGUUAGCCUUGGACCAGUUUAUUCAUUCCUAGCAUCAAUUUUGAAAGGAUCCUUCGAAGAUGAAUCGCAUGCUUUUUACCAACUCGAAUAUGUCUCGAUAAGUCAAAAAGAUUUACCUCAUUUCUUCCAUCUGCUUGAUGAAAUGAUAACACUAAAUGUUAAUGACAAGCCAUGCCUAUUAAGUUUUAUGUAUCAUGAUAUUCCAACCUUCAUUUCGAUUUAUCACAGAGAACCACACGUUAUGCCGUUGAUUAGUAGCAAGAUCACAUCGCUCAAAAACAAUCCUAUACGUAAUGGCCUAGAAAUAAGAGGAAACAAUUUGAGAUUUUUAACUACAGAGAAUCUUAUCGCAAAAGCAAGUGCCGCAGCGGACGCAUUACCAUCCCUACGCCCUGCUAUAGAGACACCGCGUGCAACAGUUACUAAUAUAUCCCCUAAAGACACUUCUCAAGUUGCAUUAUUCAUAACCGAAGGAAAAUACUCAAAGGCAGUGGCUCUGGCUUCAUUACAUUUACAGGCUGGUACCAAAUUCGCCGAAAUGUACAUGUAUCGUGCAAUUGCGCUAUAUUAUCUUGAUAAUAUUCCAGGAGCCAUUGUGGAUAUGUCGAGAUCAAUUGAUUUAGAACCAACAGAUGAGAAAUACAAAGCAAGAGCUGCAUUUUGGCUUGCAUUAGGCGAUAGAGACCUUUGUGCACAAGAUUUGCAACGAGUAACUAAUCGCGAAGGUUUGAGUAAGUAA